AUGUCUACCCUCAAGCCAUUGAAACUAUAUGGGGGAAUUUUUCCUGCCAACCCCCUCAAAGUUGCUCUUGUUCUCGAAGAGCUUGGCCUGCCCUAUGAGACUGAGGAUGUCCCCAUGGCAGAAAGAAAAAAGCCACCAUUUACCAAUAUCAAUCCAAACGGCCGUACCCCAGCCCUUUACGACCCAAACACCGACCUGAAUAUCUGGGAAUCUGGGGCAAUCGUCAGCUACCUCGUCGACAAGUACGAUAAAGACCACAAAAUCAGCUUUCCACACGAUACCAACGAAUACUACAGUGCAAACCAAUGGCUUCACUUCCAGAUGUCUGGCCAGGGACCAUACUAUGGUCAAUACUUCUGGUUCAUCAAUUACCACCCAGAGAAGGUUCCCAGUGCCAUCGAUCGAUACUACAACGAAAUCAACCGCGUAGUUGGCGUCCUGGAGAAAUGGCUUGCUGGUAGCGAAGAUGGAGGUGAUGGAAAGGGGCCGAGAAAUUAUAUCAUGGGUGACAAAUGCACCUACACGGAUCUAGUGCUCUUCCCAUGGCAGAUAUUCCUCCCAAGGAUUGUGUGGAAGGGAAAACUUAACCCAGAGACGGAAUUCCCGAAUGUGAUGGCCUGGGUGAAAAGGAUAGGGGCCCGGCCUUCUCUUGAACGGAUAUUAACAGAAGUCAACGCCAUAGCCGAGCCGUUCCUCAAGGCAGCGGAGGAGAAGAUGGCAAAGGCAGCGGAGGAGGAGAAGCAGUAA